UAAAACUAACCGGACGACCGUAGCAGAAGAUUGAAAAUUGAAACAACUGCUGUUCUUUUCUUUGCAGAGAUUUUGCAGGAAAAAGACCUUUUGAAAAUGAAAAAAAAUAGGGCCAAACCAAAACCCUAAAAAAACAACAACACCAACAGCAUUUUCCGAGGGAGAUCGAGAGAGAGAGAAAGAAAGAAAGAGACUUUUUCAUUCUCUCGAUCUUCUCUCUUUAAAAAGUUUUUCUCUUUUUCAGAUCAUUUCUGCGUAAUCUCUAUCAUUUCGGGGACUUUUACCCUCUUUAGGGGGUUUUGUUUCACGUUCUGUUCUUCUUUUCUCCUUCUGUUAUAGAUCUUUUCACGUUCUAACCUUGAUAAACAUUUUCUUUUUAAGGAUACUCUGUUUCAAUUUAGUAUUCUGGAAUAUUGGGUCCUUUUGGAGAAUUUGCAAGAUCUCGAGAACUUCCAAAGGUCUAGUUUGCUCUUUUGGUGUUAACAAGGAGGUGGAAUUAGUCCUACAAGAAGUACUGGGAAAAAAAUCUCAGACAGAAGAAUUAGUCAGAGCUUUGUUCUUAUGAGAAAUUGAAUCUCCAAAUUUGUUUGAAUUCACAUUAGAGAAAGAUUUCGAGGAAUAUCUUGCUUCCAUUAUCUGCAAUUAUACUGACAAUUUUCGGUGGAAUUCUUCUUCGAAGAACAAAACGGGGUAUAGUUUUCACUACGAGUCAAAAGGGCAAACAAAAAAAUAAAUACAGUCUGGAUAUCUGGGACCAUUUCAUAAAGCUCCAAAAAUUCUAUCACCGUCCAUGAAAUAGUAGUAAUUAAGAAGAAAGAAUUGCUUUCGUCCUAGAAGAAGCGUAAAAAGCUCGCCAUUAAAGGAAUUUAAUUUGUGUCACGUUGAUUUCUAAAACGUCCUUUGCACCAGGGAAUGUAAGUAUCCUUGGAUUUUUUUUUUAAAGAAAAGGUGUGUUGAAUUAGGAAGAAGGGGUGAAAAUGGGAGAAAUUGGUGGAGACCAAGAAGUGAGUGCUAGUGCUGCUCAUGAAGAGAGAAUUCUAGUAUCUGUGAGGUUAAGGCCUUUAAAUGAAAAGGAAAUUGGAAGAAAUGAUGUAUCAGAUUGGGAAUGUGUUAGUGAUAACACUGUUGUAUUUAGAAGUAACCUUCCUGAGAAAUCUAUGUUCCCGACUGCGUAUUCAUUUGACAAAGUAUUUCGGCAUGAUUGUAACACCAGGCGGGUUUAUGAGGAAGCAGCAAAAGAAGUGGCUCUUUCUGUCGUCAGUGGUAUUAACUCGAGUAUUUUUGCAUAUGGACAAACAAGCAGUGGAAAGACAUAUACCAUGACCGGUGUUACUGAAUAUGCACUUGCCGACAUAUGUGACUACAUCCAGAGGCAUGUGGAAAGGGAAUUUAUCUUGAAAUUUUCUGCAAUGGAAAUCUACAAUGAAGCUGUCAGAGACCUGCUAAGUUCUGAUACUGCUCCACUUAGGCUUCUUGAUGAUCCAGAAAGAGGGACCGUUGUCGAUAAACUUACCGAGGAAACUUUGAGGGAUUGGAGCCAUGUCCAGGAGCUCCUUUCUGCAUGCGAAGCUCAAAGACAGAUUGGUGAAACCUCGUUGAACGAAACAAGCUCUAGAUCUCAUCAAAUUCUCAGACUGACUAUACAAAGUUCUCCUCGGGAGUUCUUGGGCAGGCAUAAUUCUAGCACACUUGUAGCUAGUGUGGAUUUUGUUGAUCUGGCAGGGAGUGAGCGUGCAUCUCAGGCGCUAUCAGCUGGUGCUAGGUUGAAAGAGGGUUGCCACAUAAACCGCAGUUUACUCACCCUUGGAACAGUUGUUCGUAAACUAAGUAAGGGAAGAAAUGGGCAUGUUCCGUACAGAGAUUCCAAACUUACACGGAUACUCCAAUGUUCCUUGGGGGGCAAUGCAAGAACUGCUAUCAUUUGCACCAUUAGCCCUGCACGAACCCAUGUGGAGCAAUCGAGAAAUACCCUUUUAUUUGCUAGUUGUGCAAAACAAGUGGCGACUAAUGCUCAGGUUAAUGUGGUCAUGUCUGAUAAAGUAUUGGUAAAGCAAUUGCAAAAAGAAUUGGCUAGGUUGGAGAAUGAACUGAAAGCUCCAGCCCCUAAAUCUUCAACUCCUGUUGCAGCGGCAAUUUUGAGAGAGAAAGAUCUUCAGAUCGAAAAGAUGCAGAAGGAGAUACAAGAGUUGAUUCACCAGCGAGAUCUUGCUCAGUCUCGCCUUCGUGAUUUGGCACAAGUGGUUGAGGAUGACCGAGCUUCAAAGUUUUCGGCAGAGCACCAAUGUCCUAAAUCACCUGCACUGCAUGCAUGGGAAGAUGAUCAGUCAAUUUCAGCAUCAUCCAGUAUUGCUGACCAAAAUUGUAUAGAUGCAAGUUUCACCAGUUACAACAAUGCAACUUGGUAUUCUAAUGCACGUAGUGAGAGUAGUUCGGAUGAGCAAUACCAACAGCUUCCAGAAAGUCAAGAUGAUCACUAUCUUUCUGAUGGUGUUUCUCCCCGACAGUCGAUCAGUUCUUCCAAGUUUGUCGGACCUGAUCAAGGUCAGGUUUUCGAGGACAUUCGAGAAGACAAAGAAGAAGAUGAAGAAAAAGAAGAACAAGAAGAACUUUGCAAAGAAGUUCGAUGUAUUGAGAUUGAAGAAUCUAGAACUAACAGCAAGAUUGUAUCCAGUGACUUGUCAAACGAAGAACAUGAAGAAGGUGGACAGCUGGAACCUUUGGCAGUGACUGAGAACGAAUGGGCGAAAGAUCAGGAGUUAGUGUCGACCCCAAAAAAAGGAGAUGAAGAGUUGGCACAAGCUGAUUCUGUUGUUACAUAUAGUGCUCUGGAGCAGAAACUUCAGGACGUGCAAAAAUCAAUUGACUGUCUUGUUAACCCUGUCUCGUCUGACGAAUCAGCAUCUCCCUGGACCUCGGCGGCAGGUUCAUCUUGUGGUCGAAAGAGCUUCCAGUUGACGCGGAGCCGAAGUUGUAAAGCAACAAUUAUGAAUGGGUCAUCAUCCCCCUGGUUCCAAGCAGAGCAGUAUGAGAGGCCAUUAUAUACGUACGAGAAAUGCUACACUGGGACACCUGAAGUCUUUCAAACAAAUUAUUCCCCUUCAAAUUUUGGUGCCGAUAUUAAAAAAUUGACAAGAGAAAAUUCACAGGCUUCUGAACGGAGUGCUUCCACAGAUGAUCUCAAACCCCCUAACGUUAAGACUUCUGAUAAAGAAGAUAUUACUAGCAUCCAAACUUUUGUUGCAGAUCUCAAAGAGAUGGCUAAACUAGAAUAUGAGAAACAACUUAUCGGUGACCAGGCCAAGGAGGAAGAAGUAAAGGCUUAUGAAUCUGUUAAGUCUGUAAAAGAUGUAGGCAUUGAUCCAAUACAAGAAUCACCAGAAUCUCCUUCAAAAUGGCCCUUGGAGUUUGAGAGAAAACAACGAGAGAUUAUUGAACUUUGGCACUUCUGUUGCAUCUCAUUGGUCCACAGAACCUACUUCUUUUUGCUCUUUAAAGGUGAUUCAUCAGAUUCCAUUUACUUAGAGGUGGAGCUGAGAAGGUUAUCAUUUCUCAAAGACAAUUUCUCUCGAGGAAAUUUCCACAAAGUGUCUUCAGGUGCUGAUCAAGAUCUAUCACUAGCUUCAAGCAAGAAGGCCCUUCGCCGCGAGAGGGAGAUGCUGAGCAAACAGUUAGCAAAGAGAUUCUCCGAAGAGGAGAGAGCAAACCUCUACCGUGAGUGGGGCAUCGGGUUGGACACAAAGCAAAGGAGGGUGCAACUUGCACGUUUACUGUGGUCCGAUACAAAAGAUAUGAAUCACAUCAAAGAAAGUGCCACUCUUGUUGCAAAACUUGUUGGACUUUUCGAACCAGGGCAAGCUCUCAAGGAAAUGUGUGGCCUCAGUUUCACUCCUCGACAUCCAAGCCAGCAGAGAUCCUACAGCUGGAGACGGAUGUCCUCCCUUAUAUAGGUUUGUACCAUUUAUUAACAAGAAGCAAAGGAUGUGGUAUACUGAUGAUUCACAAAAUCGAAAUCAGGGUUUUUCUCCCAUAUAAAUUUCGUCAAAAAAGUAACAAAAUUAACCCCUACUCUAGUAGUGUGCAUUUUUCUGAUUGUAAUCGAUGUGUACAAAGAGGAGUGUAAAUUAGCUCAGAAUUAGCUAUUUGAAUUGAUUGUAAUGGAUACUGUUGAUUGCUCUGCUUCUACUGUAUCUUCUUCGAUUGAGUAAUAAAACAGAACCUCUCAAGCCGUGAAGGGUUCCUUAUUGAAUUUA